UCAGAUUACCUGCGUAGGCUGCUGAAGAAGGCUGAUACAUACUGCAAUGGGUUCCCUGCCGAGAGGGUGAGUGUCCUCUACCACAACAAACCAUUCUCCUACUUCCAAAAUAUUCGGAGAUACCACAACAACAUUAUGAAACCUUGUAUGAAGGACCACGGAGGUGAUCACCGCAGUCCCAUAAACGGUAGACUUGUGGGUAGUUUCUUUGGGGUGACCCUGUACAGGGGCGAUCUUCCAGAUAGGUCACCUUUCGGAGACACCAGAGUGACCGUGCCUUUGACGGAGGUCUUUGAUGACUAUGCCAACCUUUACUUUGCUGAUUUCUACUGCAAGCCCUCGCGAUCCCGUAUUCACUAUGUGACGCUUGUCCUCGCAAAGUCUGGGUCACACUCGGACGAUUUCUGUAGAAGACAUCUCACCCUGCUGAGGCCUUAUGACAACCUGUAUUUGAGAAGGGAAUACUACUCUAACACUUACCGUUCACUGCGCCGCACUGGUGUAAACGUGGAAGAAUUGUAUACAGAAGCCAUCAACAUCUCGAGCAGGCCUACCAGCCUUACUAAUGUCGUGGGUCAAGGUCACAGCACCCCGGGUGGUAUACAGAAGAUUCUGGGAUGUGUCAUUUGCAAUGUAGACUUGGGGCCGAUAGGGGUGUCAAUAGGGAUGAAAAUGCAUAUGGUACAACUGUAUAUGAUAUUUUUGUAA